AUGAUACUUGUUAGCCACAUCCAACCUCCUUUUAGAACCAUGUUUGCAAACUGUUCCAUCUCAUCUUCAACCAAAUUCAUCACUUCAAACUCUCCACAAAAAUUCUUCACUAGAACAAGCUCCAUUAGAACCUUUCAUCUUACACUAGCCAAAGCCUUAAGAAAUGCAGACUCAACUUCACCCACAACACCCUCUUCCAAUGAUCAAACUGUUUUUGUUGGUGAUAAGGAUGUUCCAUUGGAGGGUGUCAUUCAGUUCGAUAAACCCAACUCAUCAGCUCGUAUUGAAAAAUGGGGGCGUGUAGCUUUGUUUGCUGGUGGCGAUGUGUUGGGUUUGCUUUUGUUUUCGACAAUUGGAAGAUAUAGUCAUGGACUCUCUAUUUUUGACCUUGAAACCCUGCAUACUGCUGAUCCUUUUAUAGCUGGGUGGUUUUUAGGGGCUUACUUCCUUGGAGGUUUUAGUGAAGAUGGGCGUGGGAUGAACGGUCUACCCAAAGGUCUCAUUGCUACUGCAAAAUCAUGGGCUGUUGGGAUCCCUAUAGGAAUAGCAAUAAGGGCUAUAAAAUCAGGCCACUUGCCUAACUAUGGUUUUGUAUUUGCGAGUCUCGGAAGCACAGCUGUUUUACUCAUCGCAGUCCGGGCAUUACUAUACGCCAUUACUCCCGUCGACAAUAGUAAGAAGAACGACGUCUAUCGCAAUGGAAAUCCCUUUGAACUUUUUGAGCUUCUCACAUCAUUAGUACGGCGGUGGUAA